GAGAAAUUCCAACAUAAUCUUAACCUAUUUCUCGAUGUAAACUUGUUCUUUACCAUUGUCACAUUGUUGUCACAAUAACUAGUGAACAUUUGUUUAAAAGAAAUGUUGGAUAAAGAAUAUUAAACGCAUGAAACGUUAAAGUUAUGAACAAAUGGAUCAAAUUCUUCAGUGCUAUAAAUCUAAUCGCUUUGGCAAAUCAAAUAGUCGGAAAUAACCUUCUUAAUAUUGGAGAUUCGAAUUGUGACAAGAGUUUCGAAGGAUUAUUUAAAUGGAGGUCUGUUACGUAUGGCUUUCAAGAGGCUAAAGUCGUGAAUAAACCGAUUUUUCUACUCAUCCAUAAAAUGCAAUGCCCUUCUUGUCAAAAAUUAAAACAGAAAUUUUCUAACUCCGUACGAUUGAUGGAUCUUAGCGAUCGAUUUGUGAUGAUAAAAGCUGAAAUGGGAUAUGAUGCAGCUUUAGACGAUGAAAAAUUUCAACCAGAUGGGAAGUAUGUGCCUAGAAUAUUAUUCUUCACAUCUAACGGUGACUUUAUCGAGGAGGCAUAUAACAAUCAUGCAGAUGCGGAUAAGGAAUAUAAAUUUUUUAUAAGAAUCCUUCGGAAAUUAUAAAUACCAUGCUGUUGGUUUUAAAAAAUUAUUCUAAAGAGCCAUUGCGAGUAAUAUUUCAAUAUGAGGAAUUGUUGCAUCUAGAAACUUGUGAUAUGGAAGAUGAUAUUCUUGUUCCGACUCUCUUACA